AAUGAAUUUUGUUUUUCAGGGGGGUAGUGUGCAUUAUGUUCCGCGUAGUACUGGCUUCUUUUUCUUCUUGUGACAAUGCCUCUGCCUCCUUUUCCGCCUUCUCUUUCUCCAUCACUUAAGUCCCCUUGUUUCAGUAGAGUCUCCGAGAGACUCGCAUCACAAGCAUCUUUCCUCUCCUGCGGGAAACGGGUUUUUACUUCGGUGAAAACGAAAACUAGCGGAGACGGAGCCCGUGUCUGGCGGCGGCAGUCCUCAACUACGGAGAGCUGUGACAGUAGACCACAGCAAGAAAGAACGGAGCGGUGUCUUUCGAGGUUUUCAUCUGCGGGAUUGCAGUCGAUUACACUGCUGGGUAGUCGGCAAACUCUGGCGUUUUCUGGCUUUAUCGCUGGUGCACCCGGCGACGCAACUGCCCGCCCGCCGUGGCCCUCGGGUUACCAGACUGGGAACAGCGACAAGGGGCGUUCGCUUUCGCCGAACGUGAGCCGACAGCUUCCUCGUGCGGAUGUGGAAAGGACAGAGGCCACCCAGGAGGGUGUUUGCUAUGAAGCAUUCGUCCCUCCCUCUGGUCGCAUUGGUAAACCAGUAGACGCAGGCUAUGUCGAAAACUCAGAACAGUGCCCGGAUAUCGGGGAGAUAUUGCUGUCCACGCCCACUACUCUCGUUUUCAAUAAGGACAGGAGAGACCGCAGUGCAUGGAAUGGCGGACCGAAACAGAGACGCGCUUCUUCAGGGUCGUGGCUUUUUCCGGGCAAGGUCGCAAACGAAUCUCUCAAGUUAUUCAAUGGGAUCGACGUACAAGCAAGUGGAGCGAUUGCGUUCUUUCGGGACUCAUCCCUUCUGAGCUUGUCUAAUCUCGGUACUCCGCGGUGUGUGCCUGUUUACCUUGCUGUCCUCCGGGGGCAUAUGCCGGUCGACGUCGUGCACUGCCGAUCGUCUGUGUGUCGCCCUUCUCCGGGGUCCAGGGAGUGGCGACUGGCGGGAGAAAGGACGGAGGGGAAAGCUGCUUACUCCAUUUUCCGGCCCAUUGUGCAAGCUGCGUUGGAGGCGCAUCCUGUAACACUCGUCGAGAUACGGCUCGUUCAAGGUCCGCCUAUAGUGCCACGCCUGCAUGCUGCAUCUCUCGGGCACUCCGUAAUAGGCGAUCCAACCUACGGCCCGGAAGUGCACAGGCGACGUCAUCAUCGGUGCGACAAACCACUCAUGCUUCAUUGUUGGAUACUCAAGAUCGCUCCACCGUACGCGCAAGAGGAAGUUUGCGUCGAGGCGCCUGAUACGCUGUCUACCGAACUCGGCAUGAAGCCUCGCACUCUGGCUGAUUGUUCUCUGGUGGAUGACUCCGUCGUCAACCCCGUCUUGAGCUUCUUCGAGAAUCAUCAUAGCACAGAAGGUAUUGAUGUGAACGCGAAUGCUGACACAUGCGUACCCUCGGGAGAGUCACGAGGAAAUAUUGCACGUAAUAGAGCCAUCGCGGUUGCCUGCGAUUCGCCCCUAGUGCCGAGAGACAUCGUGUCAAACUCUAGUGGCCCAAAGAAUCGCGGGCUCCCUUCCAAAUACGGCGACAACAACACCUACUGGGAUAAACUUGGAGGUGGGUGUUGAUCCCUGUGUAGUCUGGUGACACGCGUCCUCGCAAGUGCGCAUUCAGUCGCUGUAUAUUUUCCUCGGUACUGCACACAAGUUUCCCAGUG